ACUCGUACAAUUAAUCCCUUUUAAGCGGGCAUCAAGCGUGCGGACGCUGCGCCGGGCCCAUGGCAUCGCAUUUCUUACAAAAUCCAAACACGAAACGAUCUCAUCAAAAAGUCGAGUUUCGUCUGAAAGGAAUGCUGCCGUUGCCACGCAACUGAUUCCUGGCGUUAGGGUGAUGGGCGGUGCCGUUACUUCUUCCGUCCAAUCGGAGCGGCGCGUCGCCGCGCAGACCUAGAGUGUGUGUAAUGUAUCGUCUAAUGUUCCUGUAAUGUCUGAUAUUAUCAGGAUAAUACAUUUCAAAUCGUUUAGUAGAUCCACAGCUGAGCUGCCGUCGACUUGCUUAAAUAAACACUUUAAUGUUCCUGGACUUGUUGUCUCAAUUAAACCACUGAUUCGACCGGACCCGUUAAGUUUUGAGUGAUAAUAAGUGCGAUGUCUCAUUACGUGGACAGAACCCAGAACGUGGUUCACAUGGAACCGCAGAACAUCGAGUCGAAACUGCAGGUGCCGAAGGUUUCGUUCAACAUGGACACGUCGCAUCUGCACACCAAGCUGCCGGAGACCAAGGGAAACUUCUACAUCGACUCACUGUUGUCGCGCGACGAAGAAAGAACCAGUCCGGACACGUCGAGGAGUCGCAGCAUUUCGCCGUCGUCGACAAGAAGUCAAAGCCCACCGAUAUCGCCCGGCAGUGAGGAGAUACCGCCGUCGAAUUUCGUACCGAGGCCAGGUCUUUUGAACAACAUUUAUCCGAGUGGCGCGAACUUUUAUAGUUAUCAGGCACAACCGGCGUCCGCCUUCCAGAGCCUGGACAUGGCCAUGGUGCACAACAAGUUGAGUUACAACUUUCAGGCCAACAUUCACCAGAGACAAAUCCAGCUGGUCGCGUCCGAUUGGUUAAGGAAUUCCGGAUCGGUGAUUUACCCACGGUUUCCGGAUUUAGUUGGCUGCGGUCCAGGACAUGCCCUCUUGGGUAAGACCAGAAGACCCAGGACCGCGUUCACGUCCCAGCAACUGCUUGAAUUGGAAAAGCAAUUCAAACAAAACAAAUACCUGUCCAGACCGAAACGCUUCGAAGUGGCCACCAACUUAAUGUUGACGGAGACACAAGUGAAGAUUUGGUUCCAGAACAGGAGAAUGAAGUGGAAGAGAAGCAAAAAGGCACAACAGGAGGCGAAGAGCAACAAGGACCCGGACAGUGGUUCCAGCAAAUCGUCGACUAAUUCGACUCAUUCUCAAAGUGAUACGUGCAAAGUAAUUUUGCCGAUGCCGGAGAAUCAGGAGAGCAGGCUGCCCAGUACUGACAACACCACCACCAAUGACAUACGAAAAUUGCAGGACAAUGAAUCGUUGUAUAGACCUUACGUUGUGUAAAGUAAGGACGUUCUUUUGUAUAAUUUGUGUCUACGUAUUAGUGAUGAACAUUUUUGUAUUUUAAUAGAAAUGUAAUAGUUAUUUGACGUAUUAGUUGGACAUUGUUUAUUUUGUUGUUGUGAUAUUUAGUUGGUAGGAGAUGCGAAUUACAUACAAUUUAUUUAUUUAUUUAUUUCCAAAUUUUUUUUAUAAAAAUGCAAUUGUAUAUAUUGUUGUAAAUAUAGAAUAAUUAUAAAGUUUAAACAAGUGUAUUAGU